CUCAGCCCAGUUCUGUUUAUGUGGACCUGUGUCUAUAAUAAAAAUAGCUACCUGGCUGUAUGACAUAUUAACAAAAGUUAUUGAAUUGGGAGUAAUCAAAAAGAAGAAGAAGAGAACAACCAUAAUAAAAAUAGAAAAUAACGGAUAUUUGAAUGAAGUUUGAAAAAGAUACAUUUUCUUUUUAUUGCAGAAUGUUUAAAAAUGAGGCAAAUAUUUGAAGAUAUUCUAUCAGUAAUAGAUUUCCUAAAGACUUUUGUGUAUUACAGUUUAUAUUAUAGUUUAAAAAUUGGACAAUGUUUAGUUCAAGCUAUCAGUUUGAUAUCAAAUAAUUUACUGCUGAUUCUCAAGGAGUUGACUGAUAUAUUUGUUAUAAUAUUCGAAUCAUUUACAAUUUUCUGUCAGGAUAUUUUUCAUGGAUUUCAACAAUUUGUGAUUCUCCUAGGCCAAAUACAGGAAGGCAUUUCAAAUGGUAUAUCAACUGGAGUUUGGAGAAUAAGCGAUCUCUUUGAUAUUCUAAAUAAUGGUGUGUUUGAUGGAAUUAAUCACUUUCAAAAAUCUAUAAUAAAUUUGGGAGCUGUAGUAGUAGCAGUGUUCAGAUUAUGCAAAUAUGUAAUUGUUCUGUUUGGAUCAGGAGUUUGGUUUGUAGUUACAUUGGUUCCUUAUUCUAUAUGGAAUGUAUUAAUUUUAUUCAUUUACAUACUACAGUCAACCCCCGGAUUCAUAUUUGCUGCAAUAAUUGACAUAACCAAAUUUACAAAAGACUGUAUUAAAGAAAUUUAUCUCUUUGUGACUGAUGUUCCAGUUGAAUCUGUGAUUGGUCUAGGAAUAGCUAUAUGUUUAAUUUACCUCUUAACUCAAUUUUACUUAACAAUAUUUUCAUUUCUAUAUUCUAAAAUGAAAUAUGUGCUAAGAAGUAUUCUAAAUAAAUUUCAAAGAAUGCCAUUAAGUCAGCAAAGAACUGUUCCAGCUGUUAACUGUAGACCUCCAAUAAGUAGAAUACCACAAUUAAGAAGAACAUACAGCACUACUUCAGUUGACGUCAAAAAUGAAAUGGCUGAUGAGAGAUUUUGCAUAAUUUGUCAAGAACGCAUUAAAUGCAUUUUGGUUCUACCUUGCAGACAUGUUUGUAUGUGUACUGAAUGCCACUCCAGGCUACAACUGUAUAAUAAUACUUGCCCAAUUUGUAGAAACGAUAUAGAGAGUACUAUGAAAAUAUUUGUUUAAAUUUUAUUUUUAAUAUAAUAAAAAUUUGUAUAUGUUAUUUGUUGAUUUAUUUAUCUUACACUUUAAAACAUAGGUCCAGCAGAUCCAAUUACAAAAUAAUAUAAUAUAUCCCAUUAAGAGAUAUAUACCAAAAAGAUAAAUAAAUGAUGGAAAUAAUAUACAGCAUCGACCAAAAAGUUUUAGAUGGUCAUAUUUUAACAGUAUAAUCUACAUCCUAAAAAUAGGAGUAAAAGUUCAUAUAAACAUAGGUCCGAAAAUGUUUCUUUUCCGAGAUACAGUGUGUUAAAAGUGAAGUCCUGAUGACACUCUUGUAAAUAUUUUCUAAACGUUAAAAGAUAAUUAAGUGAAAUUUGGUAAAAAUACUUACCUUUUUACCCUCUAUUUAAUGGACUAAACCCAGUUUUUGAUCAUCUUCAUAGGUGGGAAAAUUAGGGGGGGGCUUAGGGUAAAAUUGCCCUAAGUUUUUUUGUUGACAGUUUUUAAUAUGACUAUAAAAUUUGGAAAGCAAAUGUUUUCUUUAUAAUAAAGCUUCUUUUGUUGCAUCUUGCACCAUUUUCAAGAAAAAAAGCAUUUGAAAAUGUCAUGAUAAGUUUGAUGUUAUCUUAUUCGAAAAUGUAAACAAUAAUUAGUAGGCUUGUGAAAUCAAAAAUUUUAUUUUUUUUUUUUACUUUGGAAAACCGGUGACUAAAGAAAUUUUAGAAAAUAUUUACAAAAAUGUGCCAUCAGGACUUCACUUGUAACACCCUGUAUCUCGAAAACGAAACGUCCUAUGUUUAUAUGAACUUUUAUUCCUAUUUUAGGAUGUAGAUUACGCUGUUAAAAUAUGACCGUUUAAUUUCGGGACACCCUGUAUAUUAAUGAUAGUGA